ACGAAUAAUGGAAAGACAGAAACAAGCCAAAACCAUUGUGCCUACGUCUCAUGAGGAAUUCUCGAUCUCCUCUACUCCUGAAAGCACUGCAGCGCCCACUCUUGUUCCUAAUCCGCUGACCCUGUCACUAUCAAACUCUUCAACUUCACUGAUUAGUGGAACACAAUCAAGUCACCCUUUUUUAUCCCCGGACGGAUUGGCGUUGGAAGGAGUUGUUUCAUCUACUCAAGGACAAGAUAUGACACAAACAGGUCACUUCAAUCAAUUUAUCGACAUGCAAAAUGAAAUUUCUUUUGCGCUUCAAGGUACCAAACAAUCCACACUUGGCACCAAACACAACCCAAACCCAAACAAUCCACACUUUGUACCAAACACAAUAGAAAACAACAAUUUCAAUGGUGUCAAUCCAGCAUUGUUUAACCCAAACCCCGUACAUGCAAGGUCAGGGAUUGAAAUAGGAAAUCCAAUUGAAAAAUUUGUAACCCCCCAAAGACCUACAUUAUUUCUUCCUCACAGUAGUCAUAUCAGUAAAUCUCAUGUUGCAUGGAAUUCAAGGCCUGAAAACCACCAAUUCUCUAAUUCUGAUUUCUAUGGUGCACGAUACGCAACCAACUACACACAGUCGCCCCAACCAUUCAAUACUAUGCAGAAUCAACAAGUAGGCCAUGCCUCUGGAAUGCAGCAGAUGUUUGAUUUACAAUCUCAAAAUCCUAUGAGGUUGGAACCAUACUCAAAUCUUGAGCCUGUUGUUGCAACAAUGCCCCCAAAUCCUGCUCAACAAGGUUAUAGAUCCGUGCUGGCUGAUCCUGCAGCUCCUUCUGCAUCCAUACUUGCGACAACAAGAAAUUCCUUUGGACACAGAUCUUCAAUGCCUCCUAUGUAUCCCCCGUUGUAUGAAAACCAAGAUCAUCAUCAUCCCCAACUCAUGAUGCCUAAUGGUCUUGGACAGCAAAGUGGUGCCUCUUUGCAACAGUGGUCCCAGGGAUUGCCGAAUCAGAAUAGUGAAUAUAAUCAAAUGAUGAACACUCAUAAUCUACAACGGGAGAGUAACACAAGUUCGCAGGCAAGUCAAUCAAGGAUUCUGGGCCACUCAAGUAAUGGAACAAUUGAAGGAACAAGUUCCCAAGUUUUUAGCACCAGGGAGGCUGAGAUUGCACCCGUUUCAAGGGCUCAACCUUCGGAGGCUAUUCGCAGAAUUCUGGAUAUGAACCCCACCAGACUAGUUACGCAUGCUCCUACUAACAACAUGCAAAUUGGAAGGAUACGUUAUGAACCGCCACGUCGUGGUCGUCCCCGAAAACGACGUGAUGAUGAAGAAGAGUCAUCUUCUCAAAGUGGAAAGAAACGUUCUGAACCACCACGUCGUGGUCGUCCCCGAAAACAACGUGAUGAUGCAACUGAAUCAUUUUCUCAACGUGGAAAGUCGCGGAAGGUUUCUUCUAAAGCUCAAAAGGCUGAAACAACCUAUGCAUCUCAACAAAUACCACAACAGACUCCUGACAGUGUAAUGAAUACAGAUCAAAAUGCCAUACUCACAAACACUGUCUAUGACAUGGAAUUUGAGACGAAGGGUAUUCCUCCACCACCACCACCACCAGAGAACUAAUGUGCCUAGCCUGCUCUAAUGAAGUGUCAAGUGCCCGGAAUGCUCAAGAGCAGUUAAAUUGGAUUAUGUUAAUUCUUAUCUUUUUUAAAAACUCAUUAUUGUUAGACAUUUCUCAAAGAAUAGAAACAAAGACUAUAGCUUUCAGUUUAAUGUUAUUUGCAUGUCAAUGUUGUUUUCGUGUAUACCAAUUUUGCAAUGCAGUGUUGGUUAGAUUUAUAAUUGGCUGCGCUAUUAAUGUUUUUGGGGCCACCAGGCAAGCUAAACCCUAAACUAUCAUUACUUCUUCAAAAUAGGAAUAAUCUCCCCCGAUGCAUGUCUGGUUUUCAUCA